AUGGCGCUUAAUCUUGAGAAACAGUUGCUCUUCUACGGAGCCUACCAUAGCAACCCCAUCAACGUCGCAAUCCACAUCACCUGCGUCCCAGCCAUACUGUUUACCGGCAUUAUCCUCGCCUGCAACUGCCCGCCCCUCGUCCCCCUCCCGGACGCCCUCCAAAUCGAUUAUCUGCCCGUAAACGCCGGCACAAUCGGUGCUGUUAUCUACGCCACAUUCUAUGUCCUCCUAGAGCCUAUAGCCGGCGGCCUACUCGCUGCACCAUUGAUCGCAGCUGCAUACUACGGAAACUACUUCCUCAGCACGCACGGUAACAUCGUGAACUAUUGGGCCGGUGGCAUUCAAGUCGUCUCAUGGCUGGCGCAGUUUAUCGGACACGGGGUGUUUGAGAAGCGCGCCCCUGCCUUGCUGGAUAAUCUUGUUCAGGCUUUCCUGCUUGCGCCGUUGUUUGUCUGGAUGGAAGUUCUGUUCUUCUUCGGAUAUCGCCCGGAGCUGAAGGAGCGAUUUGAGAAGGGUGUUGAGGUGGAGAUCCUGAAGUUCCGGAAGCAGAAGAACGAGAAUGGUAAGGGCAAGGGAAAGGCAGAGCAGUAG